CACACUCACACCAUUGGUUGAUCUUCCUCAUGGAUCGCUCAGGCGAGAUUCGCAAUCUUUUCUCUAGAGGCUCCAGCCCACCUGGGCCACAGCACCCUUACGGAGACCAAACUUUCCAGCCGCAGCAGACAAAGCAGCAUCAACACAUUUCUCCUACCGGGUCUCUACGAGGACACGUUCAAUCGUCAUCUCCCAGCCAUGUAGAAUCUCUUUUCAGUAACUUGAGCGCAUCAGCGGGGCACCGGGGCGGAGGGGGCCCUUUCUCUGGUUCGCAACAUAACUCUGCGCCGGCUACGCCAGUUUCCUCUAUGGCGCAGUCAGCGUCUCCAUCUGCGUCUGCUCCGAUCACCAUUCCUGAGAGUAGGCAGAGUGCUUUACUAUCUCUCCUUAGCUCGGUGCCCUCCGAUGUCCCGUCAGGUCCGGCCCCCCUACCAGCGCUUCAGCAGAUUCCGACCCCCCCAGGUUCAUCUCAGCGAUCUGGGUAUUCGAACGACAACGAGUCACAGGGCAGGUUAUUGCUCGAAAAACUGAUACUAGGUGCUCCCCAACCAAAUUACGGUGAUACCCAAGCUUCCUUGCUGCCACAUCUUGGACCAUCCCCUCCCUAUGUCUCUCCUCCUGAUGACAUAUCUCAACAUGAGACUGGCUCUUAUUACGAACCGGAACUUUCCACACCUCACGGAGAGGCACGCGAGAAUUUUAACGGUUCACCUGCUGGUCAAACAGAGCCGCAGCCUCCGUCUCCGUCUCAAAAACCCUUCUUCGAAUUCGUCUCACCAUUUGAUGCUUUAGCGUCGACUUUGAAUCCGGCAAGGAAGCCUGCUCCCCUUGCCACGCUCUCGCAAGGUGGGUUAAGUGGUCAAGAAGAACAUUGGUCGCCCCCAUCUCUUGCUUCUGAUCCAAAAAGGAAGUCCGUCGACAACCUCAUUGACCAGUUGACCAGGACGCAACCAUCUUCCGGCCACUCCGUCCCAUACGAUGUCUUGCCUUCGAGCGGUGAGAUGACUCCUGUGGAGCAGUCCUCUCAAACCAGAACUCAACCACGCCCUCUACCUCCGAAACCCACUCAGUCGUCUUCUCCUCGAAAUUCUCCCCCGAAGGUCCCCGCUCAGCCGCGCAGGGAUGCGCAUUCCUCUGAUAUCGUGGCGGGACCACUGGCGGGAUCUCCCGUGGGUCAGAUUACUAGGGAUAAAGAUCAUUCUCCCAGUCCGCGCGGGAGCUGGAAAGGACAUGAAGGCCGAGCUCGGGGUUCUGGUCAGAAAGGCAGGUCUCAAUCGGGCCCUCAGUCUCAGCCGCAGAUGGUUGUUUUUGAUGUAUCGCAACCACUGGGCGAGAUUCAGGCGCCUGCCGAAGCCGUCAAGUCCACCGCUAUCGCUCUUGUCAAGGUCGAUUCUACUUUUCUCCCCGGCACCACUAUUGGGGCAACGCACUGGGUUGCAUAUGCAAUGACCAAAGGUCGUGUCCGUGUGAUCUCGCGAUCAAGCGGCGAUCGUACUUUGCUUCAGCUGCCCCAACUAUUUCCUCCUGCCACUGCUCUUACUGACAUGGCGGUUUACGGAAAUAGACUAGCGGGUGUGACCUCUGAUGGAGGUUUUGUAGUCUGGGAACUACCUGAGCACAUCACAGACGACGUCCCCGGCAAAUUGUUGCUGUGCAUCCGUCCAGCCGGCGGUGCGGAUGCGUUACAUUCCGUGAAAUGGCAUUCUAGGCAGCAGGACGUCUUGGCCGUUGCAUCGCAGGCUAACAUAUACCUCCUCAAUGUUCUGGACGCGGCUGCGAUGUACCGGGGUGACCCUAUUGUACAAUCGGACUUACUUCGUCUUGUGCAGCCUUUCUCCAUGUCUUCGCCACUGGUUGCGAUGGAGUUCGACCUUGCGCACUCUGCUAUUGCGACGAUUUCGGAAGAUUCGAUAUUGACUCUCUGGAACACCCAAGACAAUCAGCCUUUCUGGUCUCAAAGGAUCCGAGGCGACGAUAUGCCCUCCUCCAUUACAUUCGUUGACAAUGGCCUCAUCAUUGGUCGAAAGCACGGUACUAUCUUCCAACUUUUGCCCCAUCUUAGUAGGAACGUCCUUGCGACCGUCAAGUUUGUGAACGGAGAAAGCCAAGAUUCUGAUAUGUUCGGCCAUGCAAAUUACGAUGCCCGAAUCCAGACACUGUGGGUUGCGAAUAGUCGUCGCGACAGCAUGAUCGCGUUCAAAUUGGGCUUCGAGACAACCAACGGUGACGAGCCUCGCGGUUACAUCCAGCAAGUCUUAGAGUUUGUUGGGCCGAGGCCCACUAUCCACUUUGCGAUCCUGACAGCGGUCGCUGAUCCUAACGGGGAAGAGGCUCAUGCCGCAUGCAUCGCAGCGAAAGUGCCCGUUGGCGAUCUGGCGCUCGUUGCCUUCUCUGUUCACUCUACUGGCGUAGAUCAAGUCCUAAUUCGCCGGGAGUGGUUCGACGGGGCACUGGCGACUGCGUUGUCAAAGUUGCCAACAGCAUCGGCGCCAUAUACCUAUCAAAACACUACGGAGCCCAAGGCGACGCAACUCGCCGCUCAACACACUCCCCCUAUUGUCAUGGCGCCACCUGUCCAGUCAACCCUUCCUUUGGGGCCCAGCAGGACGAGAUCACCUCCUUCCGAUGAGGUAGAGACAGAGCAAGUGCGUGAGGAAGGACGUCCUGUCGAAGGACGUGGCAGGGGGAAGGGCAGGAAUGUUGGAUGGAAAGACAAGGACGAGAACAGCAGUAAAGAGAAGUCUGGCAAGGGAACUGAGAGUAGCAACGAGAGCUCUAUCGGAAACGCUAUGGCCAAAGAGAUCAAGAAGAUGGAGGAGACAUUGUAUAGUCGCAUAGGACGAUUGGUCGGAAAAGAACUGGACAAACAACAUCAACGUCUCGAAGAGGUUCGGGCCAAUGAGCAAGCUGCCGACUUCGCUCGUCAAGAGAAAAUCUUGAAGCUUAUCUCCAAUGAGUUGACCAAAAACACGACCAGAGUCGUUGAAAUGGCUGUUAGGGCUGAGGUUCAGAACUCUGUUUUGCCGUCGCUGGAGAACAUCACGAAGAACGAAGUGAAAGCUGCCUUGAAUGGUCAGAUCGCGAAGGGUCUUGGCGAUUCCAUGAAUAAUGCCCUUCCAAACGAGAUCGAAAAGCUACUUCUUCGCCCUGAUGUCUUCAACCUUAUUGCGCGGACAUUGUCAUCCUCCAUCGCUCCCGUUAUCGAGAAACAUGUCAAGGAUGCGAUCAGCAAAACCCUUAUUCCCGCGUACAAGCAAGAAUCGUCUGCUAUGCACCAGGAAUUGUCUCGCGAGAUGCAUGGCGAGAUGUUGAACCUCAAAAAGGAAGUCAUAGCUUGGCAAAGCGACACUCUUCGAGGCCAGGAAGCUGUCAUCAGGGAGCUAGAGCAGUCGGUGCGAUCGCUGUCAGACCAAGUCAAAUACUUGAGUGUCAACUCUGGCAUCGCCUCGCAAGGUUCGAGACAUUCUCCCGCUUCUCAGCAAGGACCGGGUGCUGCUGUAUCGUAUGGCCAGCACCGUCAGCACCCUGUUCCGAUCCCGAUCCAGUAUGGCCCCCCUCCACCUCAACAAAUGCACGGCCCUUGGUUCCCGUCCGGUAUUCCUGCACCGCAGGCGUCUCAUCCAGCUCUUCCACCACCUGCUACUGCGCCUACAGUUCACCGCACGCCUCCCACGCAGCAUGAGGAAUGGGAUGACACUUACCUUGCCGUGCUAGGCACACAGGACCCACGCCAGCUUCGUGAGUUGCUGGCAAGGUCCAACCCAGAAGUCAUCAUGCCCCUCAAUGGCCCGGGUCCGUUGUCUCAAGCUGUUGUUCUGACGCUCGUGCAUAGACUCUCUGCAGCGAUUGGCGAGAGCGCGCCUGUCGAUGAGGCAUUUAAAUCCUCUCUAUGGUGGCUUCAGCGUGCCGCCGCUGUCUUGAACACUGGCGAUCCUCUUAUUUCUCCUUAUGCAGCUCGUGUCUUGCCCACUGUCCGGCAAAUGCUAAACACCAUCAAGCAGCGCAUCCUUAUCAUUCCUCCUGGAGGGCCUCAGACGCACGACACCGUUCGUUCAAUCACAGAAAUUCAAGACGUCUUGAGCAAUAAGCCGUUGUGACCGUGCUACUGUCUUGUUUCUCAGCCAUGUUUCUCAUCUUCAGUCCGUUUUUGACAGGUAGACAAAGCCGGUCUUGUCUUCACCUCCACUCUUUUAAAUUGGUUCCACAAAAUGUCUCAUGAAAUCGUUACGUUCUUCUGUAGGCUGUGCUGUUUUUUCUGUGUUAAGUGCUCGUCCUCACGUUUGGUCAUGUUUUCGAUCCAUGAAGCUUUGUUGUUGACUCACAUAAACCGUACCCAUACUACCGAUGGACUGUUGUAUUGCUUGACUACCUACUACUUACCACUUGUGACAAAAUCCAAUGAAGUUGCCUCCG